CAAGCCAUAGGACCUGACCAGUGGUUCGAACGUGGAUCAAUGUUUAAGUUGGGGGUGACGAAAGAAGGUCUGUCAAAAAGCAAAAACUUUUUGCUUAAAUUUUCUUUGUUGAUCGACGCAGCGCUAUCCUCGUCCUACUAAAAUUAUUCCAAAUUCUAGGACAAACGAUGCAACAAUUUCUAGAAAUCUGGGAAAAUAUUGCAGCAGAAAUUUACAAAAUAACAUAUUGUCCUAAUUUUCUGCUUGUUUGUGGGCUUUAUUCUUCCAAUGUCAACUAGUUCUACUAUUGAUAUUCACAUGUUAUAAGUAGCGUUAAAAUUGUUGCUUUUAUUUGAAUGCUGUUGUUACAUGUCUUCUUGUUUUUUGUUUUCGUGAUUCUUUAAUGUGAUAGAUCAAGUGAUAAUUGGCACAUCUGACAUCACUUCAAGGGCUAUAUAUUGUAAGUCUAAGUUUACACGUUGUUUUAAGGUCUGAAAACUGCUGUAGAGGCAUAACUUGCGCUUUGAUAAGAGUCAAAUCAGCUAAAAAGCAGAUAACAUAAACUAUUAUACUUUUAGGUAAUAUCCAGCGAUCAAUGCAACAAUCUUCGUUGGAUAUUCAAUAAUGCAAAUUAAUCCUUUUAUAAACACAUGAAAUACGACUCGUCGUGUCAGUUGCCACCACAAAAUUAACAGUCUAAGUCCUUCUGUGCAAGCUGUUACUUGUAUCGCAUAAACACAACACAAAAAAAAUUCCCUUGUAGAUAAAUUAUUGUAAGUCCCACAUGAAUGAAUCCAAGCUAGUCUGAAAAAGCUAACUUUAAAAUUUUGUAAUUUUAACAUCGAGAGAGAACACAUCACGUCUAAAGCACGAGGAAUCCCAUUCUUUUGUGGCUGUAAGCAAAUUAUAUUGUCUUCUUAGUACUGUCUUUAAUGAUAUGAGAUUCGUUCACUUUGAAUUUAUAAAAUGUCUCUGGUUGAAUUGUGUCGUUGUUUUAUUUCAUUGCUACUUGAUCAGUUUAGCAGAGCUCUUAUUGGUCAAACCGGGCAAUUCAUUGACCAUGGUAACUGUACACAUGCAUAUUCAUUGGCCCUUCUGUAAUUUGGCCUUAUCGUUUGAUGCAUAUAUAUAUAUUGUGGCGUCAGUAACGCAGGUCAUUUCAAUAGGCUCUGAAAGAAGAACAAGAGAGAGGAAGAAGUACGUAAGAGAUCUAACAAGCAUUUGACUAUAGCUGGAAUAUUUCAGAUUUUUUCUUCAGAAUGAAAGACCUCAUUGUAAUCGCUUACAUCCUUCUCAGUAUGUCUGGUUUAAGCAAUAUUGUUGCAUAUCCAGAUACAUAUGCUGCGUCCAACCCAAAAUCAUGUAUGGAAAUCAAGCAAAGCUCACCGGAAUCGUUGAGUGGUCUUUACCGCAUUGUGGUAGAUGAGACUGUCGUUACGGUAUACUGUGAAAUGGCAAAGGAAGGCGGUGGAUUUACGUUCCUCCCACGCGAGGCUGUUAUUAAAGGCAAACUACCCCAGCUCAUCGAUCAAGUGUUCAAGAACAAAACACAAGUCUUGCUUCGUAUCCAGAAGAAAAAUGGUCUCCAACCAUUUACACUUAUCACACAACUUCCACAAUUUACUCAAUAUAAUCUCGCAGUCUUAAUGCAUAAAUAUAAUGGAUAUACACAGCCUCAAAAUUAUUACAUGCGCGAUUAUCUUUUUCUUGGUGUGUUACCAAAAAAUGUGGCAAGGGCGCAAAGUAUUCAAGGUCUGAGAUCAAAUGGAAAAAAUCUUUCAUAUAGCAUCUGCGGCAGUAAUCCAAACUCAUACUUUGUAUUUUAUCCAAAUCAUAAAGAAAUGAAAAUCAGUUCAAAUCACGGAGACAAUUUGAUUUAUGAAUCACAAGGUAUUGCUGUGGACUGGCGUAAUUCUGGUGUUCCUUCGUAUGGACAUCGUCAGCUGCCGAAUAACUUCAUUUUCUUGACGGAAGUGCAUUUUGGAGGAUGUGGAACGUACACAUCAAGUGACCGCUGGAUAGAUGCAUAUGGCUCAGCUAUUGGUUUACGUUGACUGACAUUUUACUUACCCUAAAAUCAUUUAUUUUCCUUUUAAAAGUAAAAGCGAAUAAAGGAGCUAAUUCAGUCUUUAUUCCCAAUAAUUUGAGCGAAAAUAAAGGAGCUAAUUCAGUCAAUAAAGCUUGUCAAUAAAGGAGCUAAUUCAGUCUUGCAAAUCUUUUCACAUCCUCUCACGAAUUGGUCAUUGAAAAUCCAUAUGUUAUCGAGAAAUACUCGGAAAAUUUAAAUUCAAACGUUUAUACUUUGCAUUUAUUUACUGAUAUUUUUGUAAAGACUCAAUCAUGACAACGUGCGUGUUUGUAAGCAUUUAAAUAUUGUCAGAAUGUCGAUCACCUGAGAUGUAUAUAAAGCCAACAAGCAAAAA